CACCAUCCAGCUGGGACGGGCUUCGUGGAGACAGACAUGGCGUGCGGGUUUCGCAGGUCUAUCGCCUGUCAGCUUUCAAGAGUGUUGGAUCUUCCUCCAGAAUACUUGAUCAAGUCAAUAUCUGCAGUUCCAAUUUCCAGAAAAGAUUGCAGGAGGAUUUUUAGGGGAGACACUGAACUUGCCGGACAUCAUUUUUCACAUCUAUCAAAUAAGGUGGUUGCUCUGCCUCUCCCACAGAGAUAUCAUAAAGCUACAACUAGAGAAGUAGCUGACUUUCAGCUUUCUGUGGAUUCUCUAUUGGAACACAACAAUGGCCAUUCAAGACCAGAUAUUCAACUUCAAGCCAUGAGACUGGCAGAGAAGCUAAAAUGUGACACGGUGGUGAGUGAAAUCAGCACUGGUCCAGGGACUGUAAAUUUCAAAAUAAACAGAGAACUAUUAACAAAGACAGUACUACAAGAAGUGAUUGAAGAUGGCUCAAAAUAUGGAUUAAAAAGUGAACUGUUUUCUGGCCUUCCCCAGAAGAAGAUCGUGGUUGAAUUCAGUUCACCUAAUGUUGCCAAAAAAUUUCAUGUUGGACAUUUGCGUUCUACCAUCAUAGGAAACUUUAUAGCAAAUCUCAAAGAAGCUUUAGGACAUCAAGUAACAAGAAUAAAUUAUCUUGGAGAUUGGGGCAUGCAAUUUGGUCUUUUGGGAACUGGCUUCCAGCUGUUUGGCUAUGAAGAAAAACUCCAGUCCAAUCCUUUACAGCAUCUCUUUGAAGUUUAUGUACAAGUUAAUAAAGAAGCAGCAGACGAUAAAAAUGUAGCAAAAUCAGCACAUGAGUUCUUCCAGCGAUUGGAACUGGGCGACACGCAAGCACUUGCACUCUGGCAGAAAUUUCGGGACUUGAGCAUAGAAGAGUACAUUCGGAUUUACAAGGUGCCCGCCCACUCUCCAGCUCUCCUGUCAUGUGGUGCAGCUCUUGACGGGUACUCCUGGCGUCUAGGAGUACACUUUGAUGAAUAUUCAGGAGAAUCAUUUUAUCGUGAAAAAUCUCAAGAAGUCUUAAAGUUGCUGGACAGUAAAGGACUCCUACAGAAAACAAUAAAAGGCACAGCUGUAGUGGAUCUGUCAGGGAAUGGUGACCCCUCCUCAAUUUGUACUGUAAUGCGAAGUGAUGGGACGUCUCUCUAUGCAACCAGAGAUCUUGCAGCUGCUAUAGAUCGAAUGGACAAGUAUAAUUUUGAUAAAAUGAUUUAUGUGACAGAUAAAGGGCAAAAAAAGCAUUUUCAGCAAGUGUUCCAAAUGCUGCAGACCAUGGGAUAUGACUGGGCAGAAAGGUGCCAGCACGUGCCCUUUGGGGUAGUGCAGGGAAUGAAGACGCGAAGAGGAGACGUUACUUUUCUGGAAGAUGUUCUAAAUGAGAUUCGAUUGAGGAUGCUACAGAACAUGGCUUCCAUUAAGACUACCAGAGAGCUGGAGAACCCCCAGGAGACAGCAGAGAGAGUGGGGCUCGCAGCCCUCAUCAUUCAGGACUUCAGAGGUUUCCUGUUAUCUGACUAUCAGUUCAGCUGGGAUCGUGUUUUCCAGAGUCGCGGGGACACGGGAGUCUUCCUGCAGUACACACACGCCCGCCUCCACAGUUUGGAAGAGACUUUUGGAUGCGGUUAUCUAAAUGACUUCAACACUGCUUGCUUACAAGAGCCACAGUCUGUUUCCAUUCUCCAGCAUCUUCUCAGGUUCGAUGAGGUGCUUUAUAGGUCAGCCCAAGACCUUCAACCCAGGCACAUUGUCAGUUACCUUCUAACUCUAAGUCAUCUUGCAGCGGUGGCACACAAAACACUACACAUAAAAAGCAGUCCUCCUGAAGUGGCCGGGGCCAGACUUCAUCUUUUCAGAGCUGUCCGCUCAGUCCUAGCCAACGGAAUGAAACUUCUUGGAAUAACACCUGUAUGUAGGAUGUAAUUUCUAAUUAAAAUUGCUUUUAAAAUACUAAA